AGCCGGGGCGGGCGGGGGCCGGUGCGGGGCCGGCACAUUCCGGGCAGGCGCAGUGAGCGCACAGCGCUCCGGGCCCAUGGAGGCGGCGGGGCCGCAGCCCGCGCCGGGCCCCGCGGCGGGGCCGCAGCCGGGGGCCGAGGAGAUCGACAUGUCCCUGGAUGACAUCAUAAAGCGCCACAGGAAGGAGCAGACAGAUGCCAGCGCUGCGGGCGACAGCAGAAGGCAGCAGGUCAAGAACAGGAGUUCAGCCUCGGGGUACGGGCGGCCCCAGUACCGUGCCUGGAAGCAGAGGAAUUUGCAAGGACCUAAUCGUUUCAGAAGAGGGUUUGGACAGCAACAAUUCAAUCGGAGACAAUUCAGGAAUACUUUGCCUGGUCGCAAGAGAAGAGCAGCUGCUGCAUUCGAUGGAGUGAGCCCUUUAAAUCGCCAGGCAUCAGCUCAGGAGGGCAACAAGAAGAGCAGUGCUUUUGCCAAAAGCAGCAAUGGGCAACAGGAGGAACAGCCACAGCCAUCUCCAGGCCCCAAGAGAUUCAGAGCAGAUGCUGCCAGCGUCAGAGCCUCAGGGAGAAGGCCUUUCCUGCUGAACAGGGGACCAGCGUUCCAGCAGAAGCGGGUGCAGCAGUGGUUCUACAAAGCCCGCUUCCAGAGAGGGCAGAUGGAUUCUAGAGGAGAAGGGAAACCGCCAAGGAUGAGAAGGUGGCAAGUGAAACCCAGCCCGGGAGCAAUUCUCACGGUUUCUGUGGUUAAUCCCCAGGCGGGCCAGACCAGCGGGCCUGGAUCCAAGCGCCCAUUCCUGCGAAGCCAGAGACCCCCGGCACGGGUGGCCAAGCCCCAGCCCAAGGGGGUGCUGCUGAGAUUCAACUUCCGCGCCAUGGCCAACCAGACCAGCCUGACGCUGGAUGAGAGGUUCUCUGGUCUGAGGAAUAAGAGGCGCUUUACAGCAGCCAGGAGCGCCGGACGGACGGUCACCAUGCCUUAGGACUGCGUGCUCGUCACAGGGACUGCCUGUGACAGUCCAGGCUCCAUGACAAGGGCUCAAUAAAAGUUGCUAGAUUCCCUUUGAGAUAGCUGA